GCACCGCACCCAUCUCCGCCCGUCUCCCCCGCAGCCAUGCUGCUCCCCCGAGUCUUCGCGCCCGCCCGCGCACUCCUGCACUCCACCAGCAGCGCCGCGGCGACAGCCAUCAUCCCCUCGACCCGCGUCCUCGACGCCCUGCGCACCGCCGCCGCCGCCGCUCCCUCACCCGCAUCCCCAUCCCUCUCCUUCGUAAGACACGCAACGCAUCAAGCCCAAGGCCGAGCCAAUGGCGCAAAAGACGGGCCCGGAAAGCGUCUCGGUGCUAAGAAAGCAGGAGGCGAGUACGUCGUCCCCGGCAACAUCAUCUUCCGCCAACGCGGCACCAUGUGGUUCCCCGGGGAGAACUGCAAAUUCGGCCGCGACCACUGCAUCUUCGCCACGCAGGCCGGCUACGUGCGGUAUUAUCGGGACCCGCUGAAGCACCCGGAUCGCCAGUACAUAGGUGUCGUGCUCGAUAAAGACGAUACGCUCCCGUAUCCGGUCAAUGCGGCGCGGAAACGGAGGCUGAAUAUGGUGCCUGUGAAGAGGGAGACUGUUGCUGCUGAGGCUACCGCUGAAGUCGUUGUGGAGGGUCUGCCUGCGGCGAAGGUGGAGACGACGGUGAAUGGGUUGAAGAUGGGCAAGGGAUAUGCGUUCCGGAAGACGAAUUGGGAGAUUGGGCGUGCGGGAGACGAGAUGAAGGACAAGGUCAAGAAGUUCAUCCCCGGAGACAGGUUCACGGCCUGGCGGAAGGCGGCCGCUAGGAAAGCGUUGAACAUGGAGAGGAGGAAACUGCGCAAUGCACAAAAGGCGGCGAAGCCGAAGAGGAAGCCCAGGGCACGGUAAAGCACCGGCAGUGUAUACUAUCUGUAGAACAUCAACGAAGAUGGUAUUUGACAGGACAUGAUGCUCGAAUAUGCUAAUAUGCUGGAAGAGGACUAUAGCUUCGCGUUCUCCGUGAGCACCAGUCCCUGGUUCUCUACACGGUACUGCCUUCCCUUCGUCCAGCCAAGCCACUGGCUCAGAGUCUCCUCUCC